AUGUCGCCGCCGCAACGGUAUCAAAAGGAUCAAUAUCAGAAUUCACAACAUCAGAACUCCUCUUCACAACCUUCCCAGCCUAUGGUUCAUUAUCCUCCAACACCAUCAUCUCAUCCAACCACUCCGGUCCCCCUCUAUCCGACUGGAGCAGCCGCAAUCAUACCGGCUCCACCGACUUAUGAACUGAUUCCCAACCGGAUUUUUGUUGGUGGAUUCCCAGUUAACACAACCGAAUCUGACCUGCGUGAGCAUUUUGAGAAGUUUUUCCCAGUGAAAGAUGUGAAAAUGGUCAAGUCCCUCGAUGGAGUAUCCAAAGGCUAUGGAUUUAUCACAUUCGAAACGGAAGAUCAAGCUGAAGAGAUCCGCCAACUCAAUCCAAAACAGCUAGAGUUUCGCAGCCGUAAGCUCAACUUGGGUCCUGCUAUUCGUAAAAUGAAUGCCAAUGCGUUUCCUCCUGGUUACGCUAUGGUUCCAGCCUCUCCAGGUUCAUUCGGCUAUGCGAUACCCGCUUCUCCAGGUCCAUAUGGUGGUUAUCCCUUUUCUACAGCACCAUCUGUAUUUGUCUAUCCGCCUGUACCAAAUCAUGAACAGAAUGGACAGUCAGAACAGCAACAACAAACAACGCCGCAACUCAGUCCAACCGGUAUCCAACAGCAGCAGUCUCCCCAAGUAUUUUUUGAAAAUGAGCAAGAGUCUAUCAGAACUUAUGCAAGCGCCGUUGCUGGAAUCGAUAAAAUGGAACAGUUGUCUGAGGAUAGACCGGUAUCUUCUCCACAACCACCAAGUCUAUUAAACGGUUCAUAUUCGAAUGGACAACAACAUUGGAAUAAUAGCGAACAACAACAGCAGUCGAACGACUCAAAUCACAGCUCACCGUACAACAAGGAGAAUUAUUCUCAAGGAUAUCAGUCACCACCAUACCAGCCGUUUACCCAAACUGGGCUUUACUUGAAUAGUCAAGGAAUUUUCCAACCCAGCUAUGGUUUCAUGACUCCACCCCCCGGAGUACACUAUGCACCAAUGAUGCAUCCACCAUAUUGGCAGCAACAGCAGCAAUACCCGAACAAUGGGUUUACUGGCUAUGGCUACAACAAUUGGGUUGGUCCUGCUGGAGAUGGAUCGCAAGCUUUGCAACAUCAAUCUCAUUUUUAUCAAGGGUAUCCUUCACAAUAUCCACAGCAAAACGGAAAAGAUGAGAACUCGCUUUCGCGUCCACUACAAGCUCCACGGCCAGGAAAGAAGAUUAGAAAACCAUCGGAGUCUAAUGAGAAGAAGAAGAAUUCGAGAUACUCGGGACACAUCUCUCCCCUUUCUGCUUCUCUCCAAUCGCUAGCCAUUUCUUCGCCUACUAAAAAUUAG